AUGGAAAAUGAGAAUAAUAAAGUUAAGAAAAAAGUAGAUCCAAAUAAAUGGGCAGAAUCUUUUUUUUCAAAAUGUAACAAAGAAGAAAAUAAGGAAGAGAAAGUUUUAGUAAAUUUUGAUGAGGAUCUUUUUCUUUCUAUGGUUAAACCUUCUGGAUUUUAUAAAAUCCCAAUAUUUUAUAAAUAUAUAAGAAAUGAUGAUAUUGAUAAAAAGUGGAAAGAUCUAAGAGGUAUUUUAACAAGAGAUUAUAUAAAGAAGAGUAAAUUGGCUCAAAGACAAGGGAAAAAAAACUUAUAA